AUGACGGAAAAAUCCACCUACCACCACGGCAACCUCAGAGAUGCACUGUUAGAUGCCGCGUUUGAGUUGCUGGACCAGGACGGCGUCGAUGGGGUUACCAUCCGCGCCGUGGCCCGCUCUCUUGGAGUGGCCCAUUCCGCGCCCGCCAAUCACUUCAAAACCCGCAAGGACCUUCUCACAGCGCUCGCAACACGAAGUUUCGAACAGCUCACGUCUGCCAUUCAAAAUGGGCUUCAGCAGGGGCUUGAGGAUCGUCGGGAGAGGCUCAAAGUCUUUGCUGACACCGUCAUCGCCUACGGGCUCAACCAUCCCAAUCGCUACCGACUGCUUUGGCGGCGAGAUUGUCUUGCAGUCGAUGAUCCGGACUUGUUGGCCCAGAUGGAUGCUCUCUAUGAACCGCUGAUCCAUCUGUUUGAGCAGGGCGAUCAGAAGGAACAAAGGAGCGCAGAGACGUCCGGGAUUGCCCUCUGGUCAAUGGUGCACGGCUAUGUUUCGCUCCGCCUGGACGGCAAUCUCGUCCCGCUCAACGAUGAGGUGUCAGGGGAACCACGAGAGCGCGCCAUUAUAGAUGCGCUGUUUGACGGAAUUGCAUCCAAUUAG